CACAGACCGGAGGUGAUGCUCUGUGACAGGCCCGGCAGCUUCAAUGGCCACGGCUACCACCACUUCCAGGCCAUGCGGUUUGCCAUUGAGGAGAUAAACAACUCCACAGCCCUGCUGCCCAAUGUCACCCUAGGGUAUGAGCUGUAUGAUGUGUGUUCCGAGUCUGCCAACGUGUAUGCUACACUGCGAGUGCUCUCCGUGCCAGGCACACACCACAUAGAGAUCCAGGAGAACCUUCUCCACUAUUUCCCCAAGGUUGUGGCUGUGAUUGGGCCUGACGAUACCAACCGUGCUGCCACCACUGCUGCCCUACUCGGCCCUUACCUGGUGCCCCUGCUUCUAGAGCAGAUCUACAAGGUGAAUUUCCUUCUACAUGAGGACACUGUGGCGUUUAAUGACAAUGGUGACCCCCUCAGUGGCUAUAUCAUCAUUGUCUGGGACUGGAGUGGGCCCAAGUGGACCUUCACGAUUGUUGGCUCCUCCACAUGGUCUCCAGUUCACCUGGAUAUAAAUGGCUCCUCCACCUGGUCUCCAGUUCACCUAGAUAUAAAUAAGACCAAAAUCCAGUGGCAGGGAAAGGACAACCAGGUGCCUAAGUCUGUGUGCUCCAGUGACUGCCUUAAAGGGCACCAGCGAGUGGUUACAGGUUUCCACCACUGUUGCUUCGAGUGUGUUCCCUGUGAGGCUGGGACCUUCCUCAACAAGAGUGACCUCUACAGCUGCCAGUCUUGUGGGAAAGAAGAGUGGGCACCUGAGGCAAGCCAGACCUGCUUUCCACGCACUGUGGUGUUUUUGGCUUGGCAUGAGCACAUCUCUUGGGUGCUUCUGGGAGCUAAUACGCUGUUGCUGCUGCUGCUGGUUGGGGCUGCUGGACUGUUUGCCUGGCACCUAGACACCCCUGUGGUGAGGUCAGCUGGGGGCCACCUGUGCUUCCUCAUGUUAGGUUCCCUGGCCGGGGGUAGCUGCAGCCUCUAUGGCUUCUUUGGGGAGCCCACACUGCCUGCAUGCUUACUGCGCCAAGCACUCUUUGCCCUUGGUUUUGCCAUCUUCCUGUCCUGCCUGACAGUUCGCUCCUUCCAACUGGUCAUCAUUUUCAAGUUUUCCACCAAGGUACCCAUGUUCUACCGUGCCUGGGUCCAAAACCAUGGUGCUUGUCUGUUUGUGCUGAUCAGCUCAAUGAUCCAGCUACUUAUCUGUCUAACUUGGCUUACGGUGUGGACCCCACUGCCCACCAGAGAAUAUCAGCGCUUUCCCCAGCUGGUGAUGCUUGAGUGCACAGAGGUCAACUCACUGGGCUUCAUGCUGGCCUUCGCCUACAAUGCCCUCCUGUCGGUCAGUGCUUUUGCCUGUAGCUACCUGGGCAAGGACCUGCCAGAGAACUAUACCGAGGCCAAAUGUGUCACCUUUAGCCUGCUCCUCUACUUUGUGUCCUGGAUCACCUUCUUCACCGUGGCCAGCGUCUACCAGGGGAAGUACCUGCCCGUGGUCAAUGUGCUGGCCGCGAUGAGCAGCCUGAGCAGCGGCUUCAGUGGCUAUUUCCUCCCCAAAUGCUAUGUGAUCCUCUGCCGCCCAGAUCUAAAUAGCACAGAGCACUUCCAGGCCUCCAUCCAGAACUACACAAGGCGCUGAGGCUCCACCAAGCCUGCAAGCAGGACUGUGACCGGGCCUGAAGGUCGAAGGUUGAGCAGGCGCGUGGUGUCCCAGAGGCCCUGGGUUCCUCUGACUUGGGUUGGGAUGGGUAAGCGCCGGGGAGAGCCCAGUUCGGGCUGCGGGGGCUGCCAAUAAA